AUGUGGCUGUACCUGGCCGCCCUGCUGGGGCUGUACUUCCUGCGCCGAUGGUACCGGGAGCGGCAGCGCGUCGAGGGCCUCCCGGAGAAAUACGUCCUGAUCACCGGCUGCGACUCCGGCUUCGGGAACCUGCUGGCCAAGCAGCUAGACGCGCGGGGCCUGCGGGUGCUGGCGGCGUGUCUCACCCAGCCGGGCGCGGAGCAGCUGAGGAAGGCGACGUCGGAGCGGCUGCAGACGGUGAUCCUGGACGUCACCCGCAGCGACAGCAUCGCCGCGGCCAGCGCCUGGGUGAAGGAACGAGUGGGGGAGAAAGGGCUCUGGGGCCUGGUGAACAACGCGGGGAUCAUCAUCCCCACGGCCCCCAACGAGUGGCUGACCAAGGACGACUUCGUCAAGGUGCUGAACGUGAACCUGAUCGGCCUGAUCGAGGUGACCCUCAGCUUCCUGCCCCUGGUGAAGCGAGCCAGGGGCCGGGUCGUCAACAUGGCCAGCACGAUGGGCCGGCUGGCCAUGGCUGGAGGGGGCUACUGCCCGGCCAAGUUCGGGGUGGAGGCGUUCUCCGACAGCCUCCGGCGGGAGCUCCUUCCUUUUGGGGUCAAGGUCUGCAUCGUAGAGCCGGGCGCCUUCAGGACGCAGAUCUUAAAUACCCAGCUCAUGCAAGACAUGAUGCAGGAGGUGUGGCGCCGGGUCCCCGCCGAGAUCAAAGAGUCGUACGGGCAGCGCUACUUCGACACCUAUUACGAGCAAUUCCUACAGCUCAUAGCCCCGGCCAGCCCCAACCUCUACCUGGUCACCGACUGCAUGGAGCACGGGCUGACGGCCCGCCACCCUCGCACCCGCUACUCCGGGGGCUGGGACGCCAAGCUGUAUUUCCUCCCGGUCUCCUACUUGCCAGCCUGGUGCCAAGACUUCCUGCUGACUUUCCGACAGCCCAAACCAGCCCAUGGCAUCUAGGGGGCGGCGGCGAAACCACCCGGGGGGCCUGUGCGGGGGGGAUAUUACGGUUGAGAUGGCAGCUUCUCGCCGUGUAACUUACUAGCUUUUGGGGUGCAGCACGUUGCUUGGUUUAAAGCCAGCGGGGUGGGACUGAUCAGGUGUCGAGAGCCAGGUUGGGUGAGAUUUUUAGCGGGGUGGGGGUGGGCAGGGGGGAGUCUGCUGCUUUCGCAGACCAGCUUCUGCUGGGUCCAGCUCAUUUUCUGCUUCACUGGAAUGCAAGGGGCUUCCCCAUGCCGAAGGGGCCCCGGGUGUAUGAAUCGAAGGGAGGCACAGGAGAGGUCUGGGCUGCUCGGGCGGUUACGGCACUGCGGCAGGAUUCAGGGGAGCUGGGGGCCAUUCCUGACUUUGCCACAGACUGACUGCACCAAUCAUUUGCCGUGCCUCAGUUUCCCCAUCUGUCGAAUGCAGGCAGUACAUCUUCCUGGGUUUAAACUGUGAGCUCUUUGGGGCAGGGACUGUCUCUCACUCUGUGUCUGUGCAUCACCCAGCACAACGGGACCCUGAUCUUGGUGAGGGCCUCCAGGUCCUACCAUAAUACAUGAAACAAUCAAUCUAAUUGCAUUGAACUCUGGUAAAAUCACUGGUUUCAGGCUCGGGCAUGGGGUUGGUAGAGGCCUCUCUGGCCUUUUUUGUUUAGUUGCAGAUCCAAUAAAUUGUUGCAA